GCUACAGGCGGGACUUCCGGUCCUGGUGAAGCUUUGACAAGAGGUCCGCGGACGACCCCGAUACUUUGUGGAUGGGCAGACAUCCAGUUUGACCAGCACCAUGCGUUGAAGAUGCUUGCUUUUUCUCCAUUGUAUAAUUUUGGCUUCUUUGUCAAAAAUCAGAAAUGGCCUCAGAAGUUGAGGAUGGAGUCCCUGUGCAUGAGGAAUUCUUUCUCUGUGGUGGAGUUGAAACCCAGAUCAUUAAAUGUGGGCCCUGGACUAACCUCUUUGAUAAACAAGGUGUCAGCAAGCCAAAACAUCUUAUCUUCGUCAUUCCCGGUAACCCAGGCCUUUCCCCCUUCUACGUGCCAUUUGCAAAGGCCUUGUACUCUUUGGUGAAGGGCCACUUCCCAGUAUGGAUCAUCUCGCAUGCUGGGUUUUGCUUGACUCCCAAGGACAAGAAGAUUCUCACUGCACCACAGGAACCAAAUGCUCAAGAAAUUGAGGACAUCUAUGGUCUGAAUGGUCAAAUAGAGCACAAAAUAGCUUUUCUGAGAGCUCACGUACCGAAGGAUGUGAAGCUUAUAUUCAUUGGCCAUUCCGUAGGCAGCUAUAUUGCUCUUCACGUGAUGAACCGUGCCCCGGAGCUGCCGGUCGUCCACACCUUUCUGCUGUUUCCAACUAUCGAGCGAAUGUCCGAAUCGCCCAACGGCAAGUUUGCCACUCCAUUUUUGUGCCGGUUUCGAUAUAUGCUCUAUGCUGCCAGCUACUUAAUUUUUAAGCCAUGUCCUGAAAUGAUAAAGUCCUUCAUAGUCCAAAAAGUCCUGGAAAAAAUGAGCUUUAAAUCCGAACUUCGUUUGACGGAUCUUCUUCAACCAUUCUGCCUUGCUAAUGCUGCCUACCUCGGGGGCCAAGAAAUGAUCCAUGUGGUGAAGAGAGAUGAUGGAAUCAUAAAGGAACUUUUACCUAAGCUUACAUUUUACUAUGGUAAAACAGAUGGCUGGUGUCCAGUAAACUACUAUGAAGACAUGAAGAGAGAUUUUCCAGAAGCCAAUCUUCACCUCUGUGAGAAAGGAAUACCCCAUGCUUUUGUUCUCGGUUUUAGCCAGGAGAUGGCUGCCAUGGUUGCUGACUGGAUAAACAAUAGACUGCCCAAAAAAUAAGUACUGUCCCAAGGGGGAACAAGAGCACCCACAGGCAACACAUAGAAGCUGUAGGUGUGCUCUGCUUAGGGGUAAAUGUUUAAUCUUAAUGCUUGAAAGAAAAAUUGAGACCCUCUUGUCUUAGAGAUUACCAGCUCCCAGGCCCUGUGUUAAGACUAAAGUGAACACAGCUAAUGACUCAUUCCAUGGAAGAGCAAUAAGCAGAGGAUGCUGACGGUGCACUUUGGAGAAACCCAGUUCAGGGGAAACCAUUUCAGACUUCAUACAGGUCCUGGCUGAGAUCAUCAGCAGGAUCUUCGUGGUCCACCUGCAGUACACCAAACAUCAGGUUUGCCCGACACUCCUCUACUAACCAGACAGGGUUGCUGGAAGAUCCUGACUCUAUCCUGCCACAGGAUAGCUAACAGGCUGCUCCUGACCCCUGAAAUGCCAGGUCCCUGCAGGCUCUUCCAGAGCGAGAAGGGAGGGAUGAAGAGUCCACAUCGGAUUUGUAUGGGCAUGGGAUUUCUUGCCAGUGCAAUCCGCCAGUGACGCUCCAUGGACAGGAAGCAGUGAGCCACCCUAGCCAUUCACGAUGCCGUUAGCUACCUUGUGACUCUUCCCUUCUCAAAAUCUCCUAGAACAUAAAUUUGGAAAGGUGUUUUAAAUUGUUAAGUAAAACACUAGCAUAAUUUCAUUCCCCACGUGCCUAAACUUUAUUGAUCGGAAAGAAAUGAUUUUUCAAAUGAACAGAAUCCUGCAAGCCAUUAAAUUUUUAUUACUUCACUUCUGAAAGCAUCAAAGUCGAGUAGAAAAGCAUAUUCCUGACUAAGAAGCAGAGGGGUGCAUCCUCCAAACACACUGAACAGCUAUGCGGCCUUACCUUAACUGACUCAAUCCUGAGAUCUCGGAGGCCAGUUAAACCCAGCCGUCUGUAGUAACAGUUGAACAGUUAGUUGGAAGCAUUCCAUUUUCUUGUAGAAAAAAAGCUCUCAUAACAGUAUCAUUCCUCAAGGGCAGUGAGAUGGUCCUUCCUCUCAAAGACCUAAGGCACUGAUGAAAGAUUUGGCUCUGGUGUGCUGCCAGCCCAGUGGUGAGAGAGGAGUAGUUCUCAUCGCUCGGCAUGGCUUCCACAUAGGAGCUCAGCUUCUCCAGACAAGGAGUGCUCUCAGUCCAGGAAGACACCGUGAGGGUCCUUACUGUGUUUGCACAAGGAGGCCUCCUGCAGAGCUGACCUGGGAAGCCAGGAUUCUUGCUCUGAGUGCCCCGCUUAUAGAACAGGCUUGAUCAGUAGUGGGAAUCAGUACAUAGAAACAAAUCCUGGGGGGGCUGGAGAGGUGGCUCAGCGGUUAAGAGCACUGACUGCUCUUCCAGAGGUCCUGAGUUCAAAUCCCAGCAACCACAUGGUGGCUCACAACCAUCUGUAAUGAGAUCUGAUGCCCUCUUCUGGUGUGUCUGAAGACAGCUACAAUGUACUCAUAUAUAAUAAAUAAAUAAAUAAAUAAAUAAAAAGAAAGAAACAAAUCCUGGUAAAUCAGACCUAGUGGAACAAAAGAGUAGCAUUCGUAGCUCUCUCUUAGAAAUUAUUUUACAUUACUCUUUGUUUCCCAAAUCCUGUUUAAAAGGCCCUGGUUCCUCAUUCCUACUCCUCACCUAAUCACCAAACAAUAUUUUAUAAUAAAUUUCUCACCCGCAGUCA